AUGGCUGGUGAUGAUCCCGGAAGGGGUGGACGUCCGGAUGGGCAGGACGGUGACCUUCAGUUCCUUGAUACUCUUCAUUCUUUGAAGAGCAGGAACGGCCUCUACCUGCAGGAACUGGCUGGUCUAUAUGAGGCUGGUCUGGGUGAUGGAGCUCUGGACAGGUUCUUCUUUUCCACCCCGCUCAGGGACCCGAAUGUCGCCCUCCAGAGUCCGGAGGCACACACAAGGGCCAGGGCCAGGAAAAGCUGCAAUGCUGUCACCUUCACAGUACCAGAACCAUUUCAGAUGAGUGUGCGGGAGAGGGAGAGUCCUCAAGCCUGGGCCGAUCCCGACCCGGACAUGAAGCAGGAAGACAUCGAAUGCUAUAAGCAGUUCCGGGCCCAGCCUGUCCCAGCUCAGGUCCUCCUUCCCCUCUACAAUGACAUCAUGGAGCAACAAGAUGAGCGCAGGAAGUCCGACAUACAGAGGAGAAAAGAGCAGCUGAUGGCCAUGCAAAAACCAUUUCACUUCUUAUCAGAAGAGAGGAAGAAGUCACAUGAGCGACCAGUGACGGCCCCGGCCCAAAAAUCCCCGAGUGUCAUCAAAGCCAUUCCCAAAUCUGUACUGGACCCAUCAGUCAGCGAUCGACUAAAAGAAGCAGAACUCCUCCGGAAGAUCAAUAGUCAGUUAAGAGCAAAGGAAUUGCUGCAAAGUUCCUCUGCUCCCGUAACUCUGACCCGUCACUCCAGAGACCCCAAUUCCAGAACCUCCCUGAAAUGCAAAGAGCAGCACCUUGCUUUCCUGCAACAGAACCUCACUUUCCAGCCUCGCACAAACCCGGCCGUCCCCGACUUCCAGGAGCUUUACAAGAACUUCCAGAGACUUUCUCUCUCCAGGCAAACCGUGCGAGAACCUACCGAGACCAAACCCUUCAAUUUCCUCACAUCCAACCAGAGGCACCGAAAGAAACCGAGCCGUACCGAGAGAGAACAGGAUGAAGAGCAACCCCGUGUCCCACCCUCCCGUCACCUGUCCAGCUUGUCACCCAACACCCUUCCCGUGUACAUAACAGACAGCACCAAGAGGAGGGAGGCCUCCAUCAGAUUUUCACUACAAGACCAGGAGUGCAAGAGUGCUGAACGGGAAAAGUGGCUCCAGAAACACCGACAGAGAUCGCUGGCUAUGCAGCGCUCCGUCUCCCGCCGCGCCAAAGCUUUAGAUCCGCACAAACCGCUGGCAGAUACCAACAGACACAAACUGAGAGAGAACCAGGUGUCUGAUUUGAAGAGAAGUCAGGAAUAUCAGAUGGAAUUGGAGCAGAUGAAGAGUCGGGUGAGGAGGAGAGCGUUCCUUUUUGAACAAGUCUGGAAGGGAUCUGCAGUGAAGGAAGCAGAACGUAGAUUCACUCACACUCUGCGACAGGCCGGACUGACUGAAGAGUUUGUGCAGCAGAAGGGAAAUGUGGAUGAGGAGAUGGCAGACAGAUACGAGCACCAAGAUGAUGAAGAGCCGUGA